AUGGAUAGCUCUCCAUUCCAAAUUAUUGCAUGGAAUAUACGUGGUGGCGCCGGAGCGCGUGGACAUCGCAGAGUUAAGGAAUUGGUUAGGGCUUUCAGACCCUCCAUCUUUGCGUUAUGCGAAACACAUUGUAGAUUUGCACGGGUUCGUAACUUCUGGCAGCAGCAAGGCUAUGAGCUCAUUCAUGAAACAGAAGCCACUGGACACAGUGGCGGAAUAUGGUUACUUGCUCCCACUACCAGGACAUUCCAAAUAGGUCUCGUUGAGUCUUGGGAGCAAAUGAUCUCAGUAGAGGUCCAUCAUGGUGGUCGGCGAUGGAUUUGCACGGCGGUGUAUGGAAGCCCUAAUCCUGUGCGUCGGCAAGACUUGUGGUCGUAUUUGGCAAGCUUCCGUCAUCGGUGCCAAGACCCAUGGCUGGUUCUAGGGGAUUUUAAUGAAGUCUGCUCCCCUUCAGAGGUGUGGGGAGGAGAGUUUAAUAAUGCCCGCGCUAUGAGCAUGUUGAAUAUGUUGGACAUGUGCUCUCUUAUUGAUCUGGGGUUCACCGGGCCAAAGUUUACUUGGGAGAGGCGUGUUAAUGGCAGGAGAGUGAUGGCGAAGCGCCUUGACAGAGCUCUAGGAGAUUUAGCGUGGAGAUCAACAUUUUGCGAGGGUUAUGUUGAACACUUAACUAGAGUAUACUCUGAUCAUGCACCAGUUUUGGUUCGUUUGGAAGCCCCCCCAUUGGAGAGGAGGCCACGACCUUUCCGGUUCCAAGCAGCAUGGGUCACACACCCAUCGUUUGAGACAGUUGUACAGCAUACUUGGGAAGGACAAGGACGUUCGCUUAAGGAGAAACUUUCAAACAUGCAAGAGGCCGCAACUAAGUUCAAUAAGGAGACCUUUGGAAACAUACACAAGCGUAAAUGGCGUGUGGAGCGUAGACUACAGGGGGUUCAAAACGAAUUAGAUUGGAAUGCUUCUGAAUCCUUGUCUAGGAAGAGCUGCUUUGGUACCAAAAGUCGCGUGAGCAAUGGGUAA